AUCAUUAUACGAAGAAUUAAUCUGUCGAUAUUUGCGAUAUUUGUUUUCGUAAAUCUCACGAUGUAUCAUAUUUAUUAGUAUCAUUGAUAAAUUUAAAAAAAAUACGCAUAAAAAUUGGACAUAAUAAUAGUAAUAAUAAUCAUCAUUUUAAACAUAAUAAUAAACGAUUUAAGGUACCAAGAACCAUUCUGUGAUAUGUAUGUUAACACUUAAUUAAUAAUUAAAAAGACUAAGAAUGUUUUAAUAUAAAUAACUAACAGUAAUUAUUGUGCGACUUGCGAAAAGAAAAAAAAAGGAAUAAGAUUUCUCAGCGUUAACGUGAAAAAGAUAUAUAAAAUAGUUACAAUUAAUUACAAGCUUCAAUUGUAGAAAGAAAAAUACAUAUAUUCUGUGUAAAUCACUGGAGUAACGUAUCAAAAAUAUAUAUAGUUCUUAAAUUUGAAAAAAAUAUUAAUAAGGAAAAAAAAAAACAAAACAAAAAUGUCUAAUGAUCCUCAGUGGAAGACGUUCCAUCCGCCAAUAAUGAAUUCUGACCCUGCUAUUCUUGACUAUAAGUCUAUGUCAAUAUCGACAAAAAGUUCUGUUACUGGAUCACAACAAUCAACAACCAAUAAUUAUCGUAAUGGUACCAGUUGUAAUUUUGUGGUAUCUGACUAUGUGGUAUCCGGAAUUGAGUGUGGAAAAAAUUCAUCAUCAUUCAGUAACUACUCUAACAGUAAUAUCACAUCAUCACGUAAUGAAUGGUCAUCAACAGAUAAUAGAAUUAUUGUAGAAGAAGGUAAUUUUGAAUACAACACAAAAUCUAACACCGUUAGUUCAUUAUAUCAAGAUCAGUCCAAUAAUCAAGGUCCACGCGAAGCUGGUAUCAUUGAAAAAUUACUGCAUUCAUAUGGUUUUAUACAGUGUUGUGAGCGUCAAGCAAGAUUAUUCUUCCACUUUAGUCAAUUCAGUGGUACCAUAGAGCAUCUCAAAAUUGGUGACCCAGUUGAAUUCGAAAUGACAUAUGAUCGUAGAACCGGCAAACCAAUUGCCAGUAUUGUAAACAAGAUUGCUCCUGAAGUUGUAUUAAGUGAAGAAAGAGUUUUAGGUAACGUAACAACUGAACUUCAAACAAGCGGUGAUUCUCAAGGUCGUAUUAGUUAUGAAAAUCGUGGAGAAUGUUUUUUUCUACCCUAUACCAAAGACGAUGUUGAAGGAAAUGUCACUUUACAUGUUGGUGAUACAGUUUCAUUUCAAAUUGCUACUAAUCAACGUGGAAAUUUAGGCGCAUGUCAUGUCAGAUUAGAAAAUCCAGCACAUCCAGUUCGCUAUCGUGGUGUUAUAUGUACAAUGAAAGAAAGCUUUGGUUUUAUAGAACGAGCAGAUGUAGUUAAAGAAAUAUUCUUCCACUUUAGUGAAGCUAAAUCAUUGAAAGAAGAAUUGAGACUAGGAGAUGAUGUUGAAUUUAUUAUACAAACGCGAAACGGAAAAGAAGUUGCGUGUAACAUAACCAAACUGCCACCUGGAUCAAUUGUAUUUGAAGAAGUUGGAACUGAAGUAAUGAAAGGACAAGUUUUGAAGCCAUUAGAACGAGGAAAUGUUGCCCGUCAUCAAAAUGAUCCAUUACCUGGUCGUAUUCGGUAUAGAGCUCCUGAUUAUUCAGAAGUUGAAGUGCCAUUUGGAGAUAAAGAUCAAAAAGGAGACUUUACACUAAAACACGGUGAUUGGGUUCAAUUUUUACUUGCAACAGACACUAGAGAUCAAUUAAAAAGAGCCACAGAAAUUUCUUUAUUACCUGAAUCUUUUGCUGUAUCAGGCGAACGAAGAGAACAGGGAGUUAUUGCUGCAUUAAAAGAUGGUUUUGGAUUUAUUAGAUGUGUUGAUCGAGAUGCAAGAUUGUUCUUCCAUUUCAGUGAAGUUCUUGAUAUUGAUAAAGAAAUAACAGUAGGCGAUGAAGUUGAAUUUACUGUAGUUCAAGAUCCACCGACGUUUUUUUCAAAUACACGUCAAAGUGCAAUUCGCCUCAGACACUUACCAUCAGGCACUGUUCAAUUUGAAACUAUAACAGAAAAAGAUUUAUUAGGUACCAUUGUGAAAGAUGUUACUGGUAUUGAUCCUGGUUUCAUUGGAUAUACAAAAGAUGGACAACAGAAAAAUAUAAUUUUUUUCACAAAAGAUUGUGAUUCUAAAAAUAUCCCUAGGUUGGGAGAUAAGGUUAAAUUUAGUAUCUGCCAAGUAAAAAGGAAUAAAGAAUUAGUGGCAGUCAACAUAUCUUUAUUGAAUUCUAGUGGUGAAAAAAUACAAAAUGGUAAUGAAGUUAUUACCGGAGGUACAUGUAAUGGUUUUAUUGCUGCUCUUAAAGACGGUUUUGGUUUUAUUGAAACAGUAAAUCAUGAAAAAGAAAUAUUUUUCCACUUCAGUACGUUUGAAGGAGAUGCAAAUACUUUAGAACUAGGCACUGAAGUUGAAUGUACCAUAGGUGUAGGAAAUGGAAGAGGUACGGGUGGUUGUAUUGCAGCUGAAUUGGUACGUUUAAUACCACGUGGUACAAUUCCACGUGCUACACCUGUCAGUGAAGUUUUUGAUGGUACUGUAAUUCGACCAUUACGCAGUGCUAAUCCUGAACAAAUUGAAUAUGCCGGAUUAAUUAAACUUGGCAUUGGUUCUGAUGAAAAUAGCUCUGAAAAAUAUGAAUUUGGUAUAAUGGGUUUGCUAAAUAAACGAGAAUUAUUACAAGCAGGUGAUCCUGUACAAUUUCAAAUUGAUUCCGAAGGUCAUGCUUGUAAUAUUGUUGCAGUUCGUAAAAAACGAAUUGCUACAGUUGAUGCAGUUAAAGGUGCUUUUGGUUUUCUUGCUUUUGAAGUAGAUGAUGGAAAGAAACUUUUUUUUCAUAUGACUGAAGUUAAAGAUCACGCCAAUCUUCAACCUGGUGAUCAAGUUGAGUUCGUUUUAGUUACAAAUCAACGAACUGGCAAAUCAUUUGCUUGCAAUGUUUCACGGCUCAAUGGUGAAUCUACUCAACAACGACCAGAACGUUUAAUAAAUCGAUUACGUACUAUAUCAUUAGAAGAUGCUGGUCCAAAAUUAACAGUAAUCAGGCAACCUAAAGGUCCUGACGGCACUCGUGGAUUUGCCCAAGAGCGUCAUCAACGCAUCCCUGGAGUCAUUGAGGAGUAAUCAACUGCCUUGUCUCAACCUCUUAUGAAAAUAUUACUAAUGUAAAGUUUUAUCAAUAUAAUUUUUUUUAGUCCUACACGAUAACGUCGAGAUUAUUCUUAUUAUUAUUAUUUUUCAUAAUAAUAAUUAUCAUUAUUAUUAUAAUCGUUAACAUUACUACUACUGUUACUGCUAUAUUAACAAAAACAAUACAAAAAACAACAAACAACAAAGUACUACUGUGACUACUACUACCAUUACCACCACCAUAACUACGUUUACUGUUACUGAGACUACAAUUUAAAAACUUGUAAUAAUAAUGAUUAUAAUAUAAUUUAUUAUUAUUGUUAUAGUUAUUAGUACCAUAAGUGUCGAAUUGAAAAUUUGCCAAAUUAAAAUUAAUUAAUAAUAAAAAAAAAAAAAAAAUAUAAGAAAAACAAUAACAAUAGUAUACAACGACUUAUUUGAUUUAUUAAUAAUUGGACUCGUACUAAUUUUUCAUUUUUCAAUAAAUUUUAAAUUAAAUUAUAUCUUAGUUAAUUUUAUUCUUAUUUAUUUGUAAAACAUUUAUUUGUUAUUAUAAAUUUUCUGAUCAUUUACACGGGCAAAAUACUGAAAAUACUGCAUGUAUGAAUUAUUAUGAUUUAUCUUUUAUAUACGUAAUAAUGCAAUAACAGCAGAGUAGUGAAAUGAAAUUGUAAAUUUGAGUUAUAUAUUGGACAUACAUAAUAAAAUUUACCAUUUAUGUUC